AUGAAGCUUCAUUUCAGACCAUUUUCCAGAAAACUGAACGAUCCUCAAUCGAGGAAUGAACACUAUCCGGAUGGAUGGACUGACGAGAAAGAUAUGCAGAGAGAUGAAAUAUCCACCUUGCCUGCAUCCCCUCUGGCCUUCCAGUCAAAUCUGCCUGUAGCACAAAAUAGAACCGAUUUUCAAAUACCACACUCUAGGUUAAAUCAGCGCAAUAUCUGGCUAAUGGAUGGUCAGAGGCCGCAAGAAUUCACAACUCUUCUCCCCAACGCUGGAGACCAUUCUGCCCUUCCAGCAGAUAAAAGUAACAAAAGUAGUCACAAUGACUGCCAAACAGAUAGUAACAAACGAAAUCAUCUGCAAGAAAGCGAUGCAAUAACUAAUACUGACUCACAAACUCUUAUUUCUUCCAAGUCAAAUAUAGCAAUUGCUAGUGAAAUGAGCUUACAAAUGCCCUCCGAUAUUGCCAAGGAUACUGGUUGUAAAUAUAUGCCCGAUUCGUUAAAUGCUCACUCUCUGCUGUCAGACAAUGUCGAUUCGUUUAGGGCUGCUAAAGCGUGUUCAAAUGACGAAACUAGCCAAACCACAUCAUCUGUGAAAAUUUACUCUCAAUGUGACUACGAAGAGGAGCCUUAUGCCAAAAAUGUUUUUAAUAUUCCCACCAGCCCCGAAAAACCAGAUUAUUCAGAGCCACCGGUGUCAUCUUCUGCAAGCAUCAAGUCAAGCAUAAAUACUAAUCUCCAGGCCAAUUUCAUCACAUAUCCUUCAAUUUCAUCGGGUCUUUCACCUUUGGUUCCGGAUCAAAGUUCUUUUGCAAACAAAAUCAAGGCGUGCCAGAAGCUCACUACUAGUUUGGGCACCGAGAAGCGUUGCUACGACGUGACACUUAGCAUCAAACCGUUAGAAUCGCCAUUUCCCAGAUGUAAUAAACCAUCCACACUGUUGAAAGACGAAGAAGAGUCUUCACUGAACGGCAAUAGAGUGAAUUCGCUUAAAACCUUAGAGUAUCAAAAAGCUGAUGAAACGACUGCUCUCAAGCUCUACCCGCGCACAGGUAGUGCCUUGAACGAACUUCGCUUACCUGUUCAGUCAGGUGGAACCCUGAUGCCUCUCAUCUGCGAUCUGCCUCAGGCCCAAGUUGAGGUAGGCCAAAAGAGGAACGAAUGGACUUCGCAGAUCCCAUAUUUUCAGUCGGCUUCCCCUCAGCUUGAUCUGGCAAUGACUCAUAAAGGCGAAUGCUAUAGCCAU